CUCGAAACCGAAGUUGGAAAAUGGCUUCCGAGAAUUAUGACGUUGUUGUCGUAGGGUCGUGCAAUGUUGAUUUAAUAAGCUAUGUUCCAAGAUUUCCAAGAGCCGGUGAAACACUAACUGGACAUAAGUUUGCCAUUGGAUGUGGAGGUAAAGGAGCAAAUGCAUGUGUAAUGGCUGCCAAACUUGGUGCAAAAGCAUCUAUGAUAGGGCGUGUUGGAGAUGAUUCCUUUGGAGAAAUGUAUCUUAAAAAUUUUUCAAAGCAUGGAAUUAAUAUUGAUCACUUGAAGGUAACUAAAGACACAACAACUGGCGUUGCACCCAUCCACGUUAAUGAUGAUGGUGAAAACGCCAUAGUUAUAGUUAAGGGUGCAAAUGACCUGAUAACGAAAGAAGACCUUCGAAAUGCGAUGUCUGUUAUCCGAAAUGCUAAAGUCGUCCUUUGUCAGUUGGAAAUCGAUGCAGAUAUUACACUUGAGACUCUAAAGAUUGCGAAACAAAAUCAUGUAACGACAAUUUUCAACCCAGCCCCUGCCAUCAAAGGUCUUUCGAAAGAAUUUCUUCAAAACAGUGAUAUAGUUAUAUGCAACGAAACUGAGGCUGAAAUUCUUACAGGUUUGCCUGUUACCAAUGAUGAACAGCUGAAGAAAGCUAUCAAGGGUCUUCUCAAGAGUGGAUGUUGCAAAGUUGUAAUAACCCUUGGUUCCCGAGGAGCCAUUUGCGCCGAAUCAAGUCAGGAGGAACCGACCUUCAUAAGUGCUAAACAAGUUAAGGCCGUCGACACAACAGGUGCUGGAGAUGCCUUCGUAGGGACACUUGCAUAUUUCCACGCGACUCGAGGAGACAGCUUGCCAUUUGUUCAAAUUGUUGAGCGUGCAUGUCAUAUUGCUGGAGUUACUGUCACAAAACCAGGAACUCAAUCAAGCUAUCCAAACAAAAAUGAGCUGCCUGAUGAAUUAUUUCAGUAAUUUUUCAGUUCUCAGCUGGCUCUAUAAAUUGACUCGUUGCUGGUGAUCAAUCCAAAUUCAUUCCUGCCUAAUUGUCCGCAUGGAGCUUGGAAAUGCCCAGAGAAUAUCAAAAAUGAGAGAGAAUAAAUUAAGAAACAACUCAUCUGAUUUUAUUGCAGAAUUCACACUUAAAAAUUUUUUACCACAUAGAAAAUAUCUCAAAAGUUUUGCAAGUACAAAAUUUGAUAUAAAUAUAAUACAAAAUAAAUAUAUAAAUAGAUAACUCAAUGUUAGAUAAAUUAGCGGAUAUUUUAAUGAUAUAUCCAUAUCUGA